GAGAUUAGACGUGGCUUGCUCAGAUGACGUUGUAAAAAAGCGUUAGAUAAAUAGUGUUUGAUAAAGUUAAGAUCACUUAAGACAUGUCUAUAUGUUAACAUUUUUUUUUUAUUAUUUAAUAUAAUUUUAGUGUAUUUCCUCUUAAUUAAGCAGAACCCUUCGGAGAUAGCGCUAAGGAUAACCUGGCAGCCCAAUUCUAAUUGCAAUUUUAAUCGAUAUAUUCAACAUUUGUUAUAAGAAUGGGUCCUCAGAUGUUUGAUUAAAUUUUUUUAUAUAUAUUUAAUUUUAUUUUUAGCAGGUUAGCGGUGUGGGUUAGCAUCAGCUUUAGCAUUUACAUACUAAACAAGUGAGCUUUAACAAGAUAACUCAAUUUAGGCUGUUACUUGCAGAUAUUAGCUGAUAUUAGCCGGCGUGCUAACACGAAGGGCAUCAGGAGGAUUUUACACCUAAAGCAUUUACUCAUUUGUUUACAAUUAAAUAUAUUAUAAAACAUCGUGGGAAAGUAACAAAUACACUGACCGCAAGAGCUGUUUUUGAGGAGGAAUCGACUAACCCAGGUUUAAAAGUAAUGUCUCUGAUAACUCGAGACUGGUCCCAAUCAUGUUGCUGACGUGCUCAUACUUAACCAGCUUUGGAGACAGCAACGAACACCGAUUUGGUCGUUAUUUGGGAGUUUUGUCGCAGACCUUGAAAAUCUGUCAGUGACAGCAACAUCCAGCCACACAUGACACAUCCUGUAGUGAGCCUUACAGAUCCUUCCCAGCACUCUUGAGGCAGGGAUCUGUUGACAGUUGGGUGUGACCAGCGGCCUGGCUCCUCCUCCUCCCGGCGGCAGCGUGCGCUCUCAGCCGCCCCCUUGCUCCCCCUGCUCGCCAGGCCUUUGUGCCCGAGCCCAUGCUCCCAGCUCCUCGCGGCCCUCUAACGCCAUGUGUGUCCCGCACACUAUGGAGGCGGGCAAGCACAGCGCCAGCCAGGGUCAGGGCGGCCGUGGUGGGGUUCCUUUGGAGCCGUUCGUUCACCAGGUGGGCGGCCACACUAGCAUGAUGCGUUAUGAUGACCAUACUGUCUGCAAGCCACUCAUCACCCGGGAGCAGCGAUUUUAUGAAUCCUUGCCACCUGAAAUGAAAGAAUUUACCCCAGAGUACAAAGGUGUGGUGCUGGUGUGUUUUGAGGGUGAUUCGGAUGGCUACAUCAAUCUGGUGGCAUAUCCGUAUGAAGAAAGCGAGGGACUGGACCACGAGGAUCUGUCCGAGCGAGAUCAACCUCGCCGAAAACACUCACGUCGCAGCCUACACCGCUCCAGCAGUGAGCACAAAGAUGACAGACCGCCUCAUGACAGCGACAGCAAUGAUAAUUUGCAGGAGUUGAAGAGUCCUCGUCUGGAGCUACAGAUCCAUUCAGAUGUUCCUUUUCAAAUGAUUGAUGGAAAUAGCGGCCUAAGCUCAGAAAAGAUAAGCCACAACCCCUGGAGUCUGCGCUGCCACAAACAACAGCUCAGCCGCAUGCGCUCUGAGUCCAAAGACAGGAAACUUUACAAAUUUCUGCUGCUUGAAAAUGUGGUCCAUCACUUCAGCUACCCCUGUAUCCUGGACCUGAAGAUGGGCACCCGGCAACAUGGUGAUGAUGCAUCAGAGGAGAAAGCUGCACGUCAAAUGAAGAAAUGCGAACAAAGCACUUCUGCCACACUAGGAGUGCGUGUGUGCGGCAUGCAGGUGUACCAAAUGGACACAGGUCAUUACUUAUGCAGAAACAAAUACUAUGGCCGCAGCCUUUCUAUUGAAGGAUUUCAACUUGCUCUCUUUCAGUUCAUGCACAAUGGUUCACAGCUGCGCAAAGACCUUUUUGAGCCCAUGCUGAGUAAACUAUGCACCCUGAAGACUGUCCUGGAGCGCCAAGCUUCAUAUCGCUUUUACUCCAGCUCUUUACUCAUCAUAUAUGAGGGUAAAGAACCUGAGUCUGUCGACAUGUGGCUAAAAUCUACAGAACCUCCCUUGGACAAGGAAAGUCAGGCUGUACCACGUCAGUCUUUGGAGAGCCCUCCUGCUUCAGAAUCUUAUACCCAUCCUCAGGUGCGGAGUGUAGAUGUGCGUAUGAUAGACUUCGCCCACAGUACUUUUAAGGGUUUCCGUGAUGACCAAACCGUCCAUGACGGACCUGACAGAGGCUAUGUGUUUGGACUGGAAAGCCUCAUCAACAUUCUGCAAGAAAUUAGAGAGGAGAACCAGUAGCUGAAAUCAUUUGUUUGUGUGCCACUCAUUGUACAGGAAGCCGUUUAGACUGUUAGGGUCACACAGACAUUUGUAAAAAAAAAAUCACUAGCGUUUUUCAGCAUUUGAAGCAUGAGGGUUUCAUACACAUAGACAAUGGUGGUGACCUUUACAGAAGUUUUUGAUUUGCCCCCAAGCUAUUAAACAGAAAUGUCUCCCACACUCACAUACUCGCAUACACACCCAUAUGCAGGACGUAGGAUUGCUGUUAUUAACAUGUAUUCAUUGCCACCAUGUGGCCAAAUGAAGUUCUGCAGUCAUGUAACAUUACAAACAGGGAAAUGCUCAGGGCUUUAGGGUGAGUGUAUAUGUACACACAACACACACACACACACACACACACACACACACACACACACACACACACACACACACACACACACACACACACACAUAAUGUGUGUGUACAGAGAUUCCUUUAAUUUUUGCUUAAAGAAAAUUAAGUCUAUUUUUAGGAUCAUUACAAUUUUUUGCAUUACACUUGAAUUAAGUGCUGAAAGUCAUUCCAGAAACAAAAGAUGUUAUAAAAUUAGAGUAAUUCAUACAAAUUAUAUAUGCAUAAAAUUGUAAUUUACCAUUAAAUAAUCUAUCUUUUAAGCAGUAAUGUAACGUGCAUAAUGUUUUUAAACUGAAAAUGUACUUUAUUUUUUAUUCUAAAAGUCACAUUGCAAAAGUAUCUUGAUGCUUCUAAAAAUAGGCUUAAUGUAUACACACACACACAUAAUUAUAAUAUAUAUUUAUAUAAUUUUGCUUUUUUGAAAUAUGACCCAAACCUGUCCAUGACACUUCAUGAGAUUCACCAUUUUUGGGGUGAUUGUGAGUUUGGAGGCUGUUUAAACAAUGACCUCAAUGCAGUAUUUCAGGUAUUUUAAAGGGAAUAAUUUAACAGGUUAAAGCUUUACUUUCAGAUUUUGGGGUCAUUUAAAGGGGUUUUUGAAUCCCUGGUCUCUGAUGACAAAAUGAUAAUUCCUGCCGUAUGGCAGUAGCAGAUACUUUUACAGCUAAGCUGUGUGAAAAUACCAUUUAUAACAGGUCAAACAUUCUGUUUUUGUUUUGUUGUUAUCUUACUCCUUUAGAUCAUCUGUUACAUUUACUGUUCUUAUGCUAAUAAUAUUUUUUCAUGGCCUCUUUUAUAAAGUCUUUCCCAUGAUUCAGCAGUUUUAGAAAUAUGGUGGGUUAGUUUAUUUUUAAUAAUUAGGUUACCCUUGUGUAUCCCGCUUUAUUUUGUCUUAAACAUAGUUACAAUUAUAGAGCAACAAUUAUCAUCUGUAUAUAUUACUAUAAGCCCAUUUAUAGAGCGUUAUUUAAUUUUUGUAUGUUUUUGGUUUAUUAAGUAAGUUAUGUUAAUAUAUAAUGACAUUUAAUUCACCAUUAGCAAAUGGCACCUGUGUAGGCCAAACAUUUAUUGCAGUGUGGCAUCAUCCUUUAAAAAUAUCUGGCUGCAGUUGUCAGAAUAUAAAAACUGCAUUCAGUUGUCUUGUUUUGUAUCCAUUGACUUGUGCAUUCAUCAAAUAUAGUGUAUAAGUAAGAAAUCAACAGGACAAAUUAUGUCAUCUGUAUCUUGAUGUGUCUGUAUUUACUGUAAAUGUGUCGAUAGCCAUGGUUACGCAGAAGCUUUUGCUUCUUGCUUUCACAUAGUUUUGUUUUGCCCAGAUGUUUACCAUAAUCAUAGCCUUUACAUGUAGUAUAUCUGAGUUUAUUUUAUGUGAUUCAUUACUUAUCAAAAUUAUCACAGGACAUAAUUUCAGUAAAUACUGGAGAGACAUGUUGACAAGGUGAUGUACAAAUGGCACAUGUUUAAUAACUUUACGAACCCAUAAUUCCUUACAUACCGGCAUUACGUAUGAAAGUGUAGCUGUUUGUUUAACUGCACCUUUUGUUUUGCAAGAAAGAACUCAUGGUCUCAUGGUAUUUUACCAGGAUAUGGAUGAAGCCAUCAGUGUUCUUUGUCUAUCUUAGAUUUGACAGAACCAGUAGAGAAAUCAAACAUGUAUAUUAUUAGCCUUCAUCUUGAAAUUAUCUUCUUUAUUGUGUUGCAUGGAUGGAUAUUUUUUUAAGAAAUAUGAAAACUUUAAAUGUGAACUAUAUGUUCGUUAUAUAAAUAAAAGCAAUCUGUUA